AGGUGUUCACAGAUCUCACCUGCAGACUGAAACAUGACUUUCUUCCAGUGCGCGCUCGGUGUCUUUGCACUCCUCCUGCUCUCUGACUGCUGCUGGGCCGAGGAGAAGGAUCUGUCUGUGUCGGAGCUUCUGUGGAGAGCCAACAAGGAUGUCGUGCGCAGGAAGGAUGAGCCGCUGGUCAUCGACGACAUCGCCUACGACAGUGAAAACGAGAGGAACGCCGAUCCCUGCACCUCCGGCGGCUGCAUGUGGAGCAAAUCCGCUGAUGGAAGAAUCUACGUGCCGUAUGUGAUCGCGGGACAUUUCUCUUCUCGUGAGCGCUCCAUCAUCGAGCGUGGGCUGGUGUCCUUCCACGACGUCUCGUGCAUUCGCUUCGUUCAGCGCUCCAGCCAGAGAGACUACCUGAACAUCCAGUCCGACAGUGGCUGUUACUCCUACGUGGGCCGCCGUGGUUAUUCCCAGACGUUGUCUCUGGACCGUCAGGGCUGCCUCUACCACAACACCGUGCAGCAUGAGCUGCUCCACGCGCUCGGAUUCCACCACGAGCAGUGCCGCUCCGACAGGGACCAGUACAUCCGCAUCCUGUGGGAGAACAUCCAGUCCGGUUGGGAGUACGCCUUCGAUAAGAUCAACACUCUGAACCAGAACACCCCAUACGACUACAACUCUGUCAUGCAGUACCACAGGUACGCCUUCUCAGGUAACAACAAGCCCACGAUGGAGCCGAUCCCCAACGCCAACGUGGAGUUUGGCACGGCCACCCAGAUGAGCCAAAACGACAUCACCAGACUGAACAGGCUGUACAGGUGUUGAUCGCAGACCCUGAAGACGUGACGUCACCUGAGCUCUGACAGAAGCUUUAACUCAGACAAAGAUGAUGUGUUGAUAAUAAACCUUCACAUGUGGUCAUCAUCCUUUUGUGUGUUACAGCAGCA